AUGCCACAGUCAAGUGGACCGAUAGCAGCCAGUUACUACACCAAUGCUGCUCAAGAUGCACGAGCUCCUAGCAAGGCCAAAUUAGAAGGCGAGCUGCUAUGGGGGUCCAUCGUACUGGCGUUCUUCUUCCUAGACAGAAGCUCAGAGCUAUGGGGCCCGGUGGCCGUGGAUCGAUCAACCGGAACGGAAAGAGCACACUGUGUGAAAGCUGAUAAUGUGAUCUUACGCGACAAGAAUGGUGCCCAGGUCGGACCUGAGGACCCGAACGCCGCAUCGGUGGAAUUCGUGUUUGAAUCCCACAAGGGAGAUUGUGAUGCGCAAGGUGUAACCGUACGCCACUACAGGUCGCAUCACCCCAUCCUAUGUCCGGUGACAGCAAGCCAACGGUGCCUACGGAUUCGAGCGCAAUGGUUAUAUGAAGGAAAGGACAUCGGACCGUACCUCACAUCCACGUCAAGGACAAGAACAGUGAAGAAAGCCCGCGUGGGCAAGCUGAUCAAGACGGCAGCAGCUAAUAUGGGGCUGAAGCCAAAGGACUAUUCCACGCACUCCCUACGCAUCGGAGGAGCAUGCGCCCUACUAGCGGCGGGCAAGAGUGACCUGGUCAUUCGCCUGAUGGGACGAUGGUCCAGUUGGUGCUUUACUGCCUACACAAAACUAAGACCAGGAAUGAUCCGGGAUGCAGCAAGUUGUAUGAUCAAGGCCUCUACCAGGGAAUGCCACGAGCCAGGCUCAAUACCAAACCUGAUCACGCGCCACUCAAGAGGGGAACUCCAGCGAGUCUAA